AUGGCGCUCUCGCGCGAGCGACUCGACAUCCUAGCUAUAUGCACCCUAGGCCUAAGCAACGCCUUCGUCUGGUCGAGAUACUACACGUACAAAAGCGCCGCCUUCGAGCGCCCUUUCCACUUCGCCAUCCUGUCAUACUUCUUCGUCGGCCUCACCUUGUCUAUCUCAGCUAGAUAUGUGUUUCGCGCGGAGUCGAGCUACGCGCCACUUGGCAAUGGUGAUUCCUCGAUCUCGACCAAGACGUUUUCCCCCAAGUUUAGCUUCCUCACCAAGAUUUUGAGAUCGUCGCUACGACUUCGGUCCUUGUCAUCCACCUUCGCGCUGCUACUCUUUUGUGUGGUCGCUCGCGUUGUUCUGUAUCGGAGGAUUAUCCGCACCAUCCACUGCUCGUGGGACGGCCUUCAGGCAUUUCUCCCCUUCCUGAUCGCUGUCUUUGGCGUAUUCGAGCUGCGACCUAUAUUUCUACCGAGGCACGGACAUGACGCUCAGGUACGGACCGCGCGCCUCUCAUCUCCGUUCGGAAAAUAUGCCUUUCUCGCCUUACUGUGGGGUUUAGCCGCCACCGAUACCCUCCUCCUUUCUAAGCGCACCACCGGCGCCAUCUGUCCCACCGGCGAAGACAACGAGCGCACGGUUCCCCUGUCCCAGCUAGUCAUGUUAUUAUUAGACGCUCUUUUCAUAUCCCAAGUCGCAAAGCUCCGUCAGGCAAACGAGGGCCAACCGAAAGUAUGGCACCUUCUGAGUAGCCUUUUUUUAAUCUCAGCAACGGUUCUAGCGUUCUUGGCUAUCUACUCAUCCAUCGACAGAGCUAGUUUUCGCUGGAACGUCUUCGUCACGUGGCUCGCCGUCGGUGAUCUGAUACCCGAUAGUAUCGCUGUGACACUUGCUGUAGUCUCUGGAAUCUAUCUCCUUGGCCACUUCCAUGCCACUACCGUGAGCCUCCUGUUCGCCUCCGCGAGCACAUUUGUUUACAUACAAUGGAGGGUCGCGGACGGAACCAUGAUCAAGGUCUGGUCUAAUUGGUGGGGGCUCCUGACGGGCAUCUGGUUAUUUCUAGGCGUUGGCGUCUUGCUCCAGGCUGGGAAAGUUGCCACGACGCGAUACCAUCCCUUCGGCGAGGGCGUCGUCGUGAGGAACCGGUACGGUCUGUACGCCCUCGUGAUCUUCCUCCUAGUUUUCUGCCAGGCGGCCUUCAUGAGCCCCGGCGGAUUCAGGCCCACUCCCCGGCCUAUUAUAGCUGGUGCGAAGAGCGAGUCCGACGCGUGGAUAGCGCAGGCAGGGAAGAGCAAGAGCCUCAAGGAAGCCGUCUCGGAAUAUCGAGCGCGCUACGGGAUACCACCGCCGCCCAACUUCGACAAGUGGUACGAGUUUGCGACCUCAGUCAAAUCCCCCAUCAUCGACAUCUUCGACCAAAUCAACUCGGACCUCCUCCCUUUUUGGGGCGUCUCGCCCGCCGUCCUCCGCGAGAGAACGACACACUUGCUUGAGCAUCCUGCUUUGUCCAUGGGCGGCAUCAUCGUCGAGGGCGGUAGAAUCAGCAUUUCCCCGCACAUUCACGGCACUCACAGGUGGAUGAUGGACGCCACCAAGGACAUGAUGAAUCCCUUUGCGAAGUGGCUGCCAGACAUGCAGCUCGCCUUCAAUCUGGAUGACGAGUGCCGCGUAUCAGUUCCCCUUGACCGCAUGAAGGCUCAUAAGCAAGAAGCGAUCAAGGCGAGGGCGAGACUAGGCGCGAAGGAGAAGCUGGCCUGGUUCGGCGGCGCGCAGGAACCGCCGUGGGCUACACAGUAUCUCGGCGCAGACGACAGUAUCUGGAAUAACCAGUCCCCUUGGUUCUCGCAAAGGUCGAAGCGUCAGAUAUUCCACGAGUGGAUCUCACCGACCUGCCCCGCCGACUCCCCCGCGAACAAGUAUCGCUGGCGGAACAGGAAAGCGGAGUGCCUCAGCUGCUCCCCUCCGCACAUGACGAACGGCUUCGUCUCCAACUGGACGCUUUCCGGCGACUUGUGUCAUCAGCCCGAUCUUGCCUACCUACACGGCGCCUUGGUAUCGCCGACGGCCAUGGCCCCGACGUACGCCCUAUUCCCCGUAUUCAGUCAAAGUCGGUUGCAUAAUUUCGCCGAUAUCAUGUAUCCGAGCCCGUGGAACUUUGGCGACAAGGUGACCAUCGACGAUGGCAAGCGCAUACCCUGGGAUCAGAAGCUCAACAGCGUGUACUGGCGCGGCGCCUCCUCAGACGGGUUCGCUACGCAUGGCGCCUGGCAGAUGUUCCUUCGGGCCAGGUUCGUGCACAAGGCCGCCGAAGCCAAGAUUUCAAUCAUAGCAAAAUCUCUAUUCAGCAUGGCCUUGCCCGGCAGGUACCGUUCUUCCCCCUUCCGCUCCACCAACGCCGCGACGUCGCCGCCUACGCCUCAGAACCCUCCCCACAUGGAGGGCGCUAUCACGGUCAAUGUAUCCUUCGUCGGCAAAUUUCAGCGCUGCGACAAGCGCGACUGCACGGCCGAGCACACAACCUUCUAUGGCUCGCCCACGGCUGAGCCUCCGCCUUCCCAGGACUUUCAGGAGCACUGGCGCCACCGCCACCUGGUCGAUCUCGACGGCGCCGCCUUCAGCGGCCGGUUCCUGCCGUUCCUCAAGUCGGGAUCCCUGCCGUAUCGCGCCGCGCUUUUCCGGACCUGGUGGGAGGAGCGCGUCCACGCGUGGCGGCACUUCGUGCCGCUAGACAUCCGGCUCGGCGACCUGUGGGAUGCCGUGAGUUUCCUGGGCGGGCCCGGCGAGGCGGAGGCGGCCGAGAUGGCGAACGCGGGACGGGAGUGGGCUCUCCGGUCCCUCCGAAAAGAGGAUAUGCAGGUGUAUAUGUUUAGGCUCCUCCUCGAGUGGGGUCGUAUCGUCGACGACCGGAGGGAAGACCUGGGGUUCUCGCUUUGA